AUGGAGUUCAUCGGGGCAAUAACGAGUGUGAUCGAUCUCUUCGUCGUCGUCCAUCAGAUCCAGGGGCUAUGUGAUAGGUAUAGGAACACGCCCAGGGCGGUGCGGGAUAUCAUCGAUGAGUGUGAAUGGACCAAGGCACUUUGCUUCAGCCUUAAAGACCAGCUGCUGCGGACGCCAGAUGCAUUGCAGCACGGUGGAAAGACGAUGUCUCCCCCAGGCGCCCAGCAGAAGACGCCUGGGCACACCCUGCUGUGGUGUUUCGAAAAGAGCAUGCAGGGCAUUCGCGAGACGCUCGAGGAGCUAGAGGAGGAGGCCACCAAGUUACAGAGUAAAAAGAACUCGCUCAUGGGCAAGUGGGACAAGACCAAGUUCCUGUGGAAGGAAGACUUUUUCAAAGACGCUGUGCAGAAUGUCAAGGACCAGAGGGACAUGGUCGCCAUUGUCAUGUCAGGAAUACAAUUGCACAACACCAACGCUAUAGGCAACGACCUACAAAGGUUGAUCGCAAUGCUUGAGACCGGCCAGACGCCAGUCUCCAAAUCGGAGCCUCCGGUUGACCAGCUGCAGCCGCCGCCUCAGGCAAUCAAGAAGAGCAAGUCGGACACGCAGAUCAAGAAGUCAGGAACUCGGCUUGCCAAGGACCUCUACACAGCUGUUCGAAGCGGCCGGCUCGUCGACGUCGAGCCCAUCCUAUCCCAGGGCGUCUCGGUCGACGUGACCCUGGGAGAUGGCGGAGACCGAGCCGUGCACAUCGCCGCCCGCGAAGGAUUCCUGCCCAUACUGGAUCGUUUGCUGGCCUACGGCGCCGACGUCGACAUCCAGAAUGUAUGGCAAGAAACCCCACUGCACCAAGCGCUGCAGCGGGGGCAAACGCCGACGUCACUAACAUUGCUGUCUAAUGGGGCCAGCUGGACCAUCACAAACGACAAAGGGGUGACGGCGUUACAUUCGGCAGCGAAGAAUUCCACGUACCUCCUCGUUCAGUACUUGCUGGAUAGAGGCGCUGACCCAAACGUGCGGGACAAGCAAGGCCAGACACCCCUAUUCAUGGCGUGCCAUCCCGUGGACAAGAACGGCAAGAAAUCCAAGGUCGACGUCAAAGUCAUCCGUGCAUUGAUGGAGCAAGGAGCCGACCCGAUAAUCAUCGGAGCCAAGAAGUCAGGCAGUACUCCCGUCCACGAGCUCGCUAUGAGUGGGAAUGCAGAGGAACUUGAGAUUGUGGCCAAGGCGGCGAAGUCGGUCAACCUCCCGUUGGUGGGGGACUGCGAGGGCGCCACGCCCCUUCACCUCGCCGUCAGGAACAACCACCCGGAGGCCGUCGAUGUCCUGAUCAGGCUUGGAGCCAACGUCGACGCAGUACAGACGUCUAAGGACGGCGCGGUGCCGACAUCCUUGUGGCAGGCCGGGUGGAACAAGAACUUGGACAUCGCAGCCAAGCUCCUCGAGGCUGGCGCCGACCCCAACUCGAGGGGUAAAGACAAGGCCACCGUCCUACACCUGGCGGUGACGAGGCACUGGCCCGAGAUGGUGAGGCUUCUCGCCAGGCACAAUGCCGACUUGAACGCCCAGGUGGCGGAUAAGAGGAGGCCGCUCCACGCAGCGGUGCUGCAGAAGGACCUCUCCAUGCUACGCCUCCUGCUUGAGUUGGGUGCCCGUGUCGACAGCAAGGGCGCCCACAGCGCGACGGCCCUCAUGGAAGCCGCCCAGUACGGCUUGCUACCGAUGAUCCUGCUUCUCAUCGAGCACGGGGCCGAUUGGUCGUACACGACGCCCCAGGGGUCGGACGCCUUCCUCUGGGCUUGCAGCGGCGGUCAUGUGCGCAGCGCGAGCUUCCUCCUGGGCCGUGGGCGGGAUCUGCACAAGAUGGCGUCGGGAGACUACACCGCGCUGCACUACGCGGCAAGGACGGGCCGGUUGGCCUGCGCCAAGUGGCUGCUGGAGCUGGGAAUCGACAAAUCCAUCAGGUCGACGACGGCAAGGGCGCUGUUCAAAGCCAAGGGAACGGCGGCCGAGGUUGCCCGGGCGCAUGGGGCCGUUGACGUGGCGGAGUUUAUUGAAAAAUAUGAGGCAGAGGCAGCAUACUAG